AUGGGUCCUAAGAGAAAGUCUUUGUUCUUCGUGGUACCCAUGACCCUGGUUUACGUAUCUAUUUUGGUUACUGGAAUAGUUGGUAACAUCUGUACAUGUGUUGUAAUUGCGAAGAACAAACACAUGCAAACGGCCACGAAUUACUAUCUUUUUAGCCUGGCUAUCUCGGAUCUCUUACUGCUGGUGUUAGGACUUCCUCAGGAAAUGUACCAACUCUGGGAGAGCUAUCCUUACAUUUUUGGAGAAUUCUUUUGUUUCUUUCGUGGCCUAACUUCAGAGACUUCAACAAAUGCGUCCAUAUUGACCAUCACCGCUUUUACAGUAGAGCGAUAUCUGGCUAUCUGCCAUCCUAUUCGAGCCCAUACAAUGUCCAAAUUAUCCCGAGCAGUUAAAUUUGUCAUAAUCAUCUGGAUUCUUGGAGCACUAACAGCUGUAGUCAUAGCCUUUCAGUUUGGUAUUGUGGUCUUAUUUGAUAUCUCUGACUAUGCUGUGUGUACAGUGAAAAGACCUUUGAAACAUGCUUUUGGAAUUUCGACACUUAUCUUCUUUAUCUUCCCUAUGAGUAUAAUUCUAAUACUCUACGUGCUCAUCGCUAUUCAGUUGCAACGGUCAUUAGAACUGUCUCAUGAUGAAACAACCCAUGGAACAAACAACGGAUCAAACCCUCAAAGUAUCCGUAGCAAACAUUCCAGACAGACUAUGAAGUCUUCCACCAGCAACUCCUCUCGUAGGGCGGUGAUCAAAAUGUUGGUUGCUGUGGUGGUGACAUUUUUUGUCUGUUACGCUCCGUUUCACGCGCAACGUCUGAUGGCGACUUACGUCACAGAUCCUACGCCUACAGAGACCAUUAUUUACGACGUACUAAUGUACAUGUCAGGCGUGCUAUAUUACGUCAGCGCUACCAUUAAUCCUAUCCUGUACAGUAUUAUGUCAUUCAAAUUUCGACAGGCUUUUAAGGAGACUUUAGCAAAAUGCUGUGGAAGACAAAUUGCACGAUCUCAAAACUUCACGGUCAUGCCUAGAUACAUCGCACGUCACUCUACUGCCUUCGAAACGACAGACCUAACUGUACUCUCCGAGUCAUCACAUCCUUAUCAACGUUGAACUUCUGCAGUUCAGCAAUAUUACUCCAUGUCUGAGGGUAUAAAAAGUAACCCUUCUGCUCGGGAACAAGUCAGAGAGACGGGAGUGUCUAGCAUUUUCAAUCCACAAACCUGAAGACGAAAACGGAAGGAUGAGUUUCAGUCUUCAGGGGACGAAUGAUGGCGCUUUUAU